AUGGAAGAUCUCAAAGACAUUGGAAGAAAUGUUGAUUGUUCUUCAUUCAAACCCAUCCCCAAAGGUAUGGUAUCAAAUGAACCAUUUGAUCUGAAGAAAAGUCAAACUGUUUCAAUAGAAUGGGAUGUGAACCAACACUUGUCUAGAAAAGAUCCAAUUGAACAAUUUGUUAUGAUUAAUGCAAAGUUUGAUGAUGUAGAAUUUACUCUUCCAAAGUAUCCAGGUCAAACUUUUAAUGUCAAACCAAUUGCAGUGUACAAUCCAUACAUUGAAACUGUUACUGUGGAAACUGAAACCCCACACCUUGUAUCCUAUUUAAAAGGAUAUGACUGGGUAACCAAGACACUAGACGUAUUUAUUGAAAAGUGCGAUGCAAAGAACAAGAUUACUAACCGUUUUGAUGGUUCAAAGUCAAUCCCAGUAGAAGAAACUGUCCACAAAACUAUUAGAAUAGGUCUUGUUCCAACAAUGAUAUUCCAAACAGUGAUUGCUUAUGGAACUAGAGAUGAUAUAUUCUCAGUCCUAUCUAAACACGUCACCACAGAUGUUGUUUCCCAACGUGAUUGUCGGGAUUAUUUAGAAGGUGAAGGAGCUUCUCGUUGGCAAGAAAAUUAA